GAGGGGGCGGGGCCACACCCGGAAGCGGCGGGCGGCGCGGGGGCUUCACCGGCGACACCGGGGAUCGGGAGAAGCCGCAGCGAUGUCGGAACGGAAAGUGCUGAACAAAUAUUACCCCCCGGACUUCGAUCCGGCGAAGAUCCCGAAGCUGAAGCUCCCGAAGGACCGGCAGUACGUGGUGAGGCUCAUGGCCCCCUUCAACAUGAGGUGCAAGACGUGCGGGGAGUACAUCUACAAGGGCAAGAAGUUCAACGCCCGCAAGGAGACGGUGCAGAACGAGGUUUACCUGGGGCUGCCCAUCUUCCGCUUCUACAUCAAGUGCACGCGGUGCCUGGCUGAGAUCACCUUCAAGACAGACCCCGAGAACACGGAUUACACCAUGGAGCACGGCGCCACCAGGAACUUCCAGGCAGAGAAGCUCCUGGAGGAGGAGGAGAAGAGGAUGCAGAAGGAGAGGGAAGAGGAAGAGCUCAACAAUCCCAUGAAGGUGCUGGAGAACCGAACCAAGGACUCCAAGCUGGAGAUGGAGGUCCUGGAGAACCUGCAGGAGCUGAAGGAGCUCAACCAGCGCCAGGCCAACGUGGAUUUUGAGGCCAUGCUGAAGCAGUACAAGGAGCUGGAGGAGGAGCAGAGGCGCAAGGAGCAGGAGGAGGACGAGCAGGAGAUGAAGGCCAUGCUGGAGCAGGCCCAGAACCGCCGGCUCCUGCUGGACUCCGACUCCGACGAGGAACCGGCAAAACCCCGCCCGAAUCCCACGGCACAAACAAAACCCACGGACAUCCUGCAGGAGGCUCGCUUCCAGCAGCAGCAGCAGCAGCAGCCACGUCCUCGCUGGGUUUGUUGGGAGCCUACUCGGACAGCGAGGACAGCGCCAGCGACUGAGGAUCCAGCGGGGCAGGGCCGGGGCUGUCCCGGCUGCUCCUGGAGCCCCACACGGAGCUGGGAGCACGGCCAGGGGGAUCCCUGCUGCUCCCACAGCCUGCCCUGCAGCAGGAAUCCUGGGGAGCCCCAGCAGCUCCCCAGCCCCGCUCCCAGGACAUGUUUGGAAGGGCUGGACUGAACUCUGGGGUUCCAUUCUGGGGCUGCCACCGCCCCCACCCCGCAGUGCUCGUGCCCAGGCCGGGUUUGGGGUGCCCUGACCCCCUCCAGCAGGACGGGGACCCCAGGGCUGUCCUUCCCAGCGGGGUGCAGGGGGAGGUGGGCGCUCAGCCCCUCUCCUUCACUUCAGCACCAGCUGCUUCUGUCCCAGGGUGUCUCAGAUCUGCACAGAGCUGGGGCUCAUCCAGCCCCUCACGGCGGGGACAGGGCUGUCCUGCCACCAGCAGCCCCCCGGUGUCCCCAGGAGCUCGGGGACAAAGCCCCCCUGCAUUCCGAGCCUGCCGGGCUCCAGCAUCACAACUCCGGAAUAAACGUGAUCUGGCACAGCUG